GGGCCAGCAAAGCAUCACAUCUCACAAAGCACCGGUCAACGCCACCCUGAUGUGGUGACUCUUAUUUUUUCAUUGGAUCCCGAUUCGUAUUGGGUAAAACAUGCGUGAGGAUCGUGAUUCCUCACGGGCCAACCAGAUUCCAUCCGAUGCAGGUCCCCAAUCGACAUUUGACCCUGCUUCCCGUCGGCGUUGCAAAGGAUUAUCAUGAUGGAGGUAGCUGGAUACGAAGGCGUCCAAAUACGAGGAAUCCAUCGCGUUCCACAAGAGUAAUAAGGGUAGUAUAAAUACAUCACCUACGCCGAGGGGUUUGAAUAUCAUCAACUCAAACAAAUACCUUGAUUCAUUUCUCUUCAGUCUUCUUCGCAAGAACGACCCUCAACCCUCCAAAAUGUAUACCCUCAAGAUUGUCUCCGCCCUUGCGAUCCUCGCGACUGCCUCCCAAGCAGCCCAGGUCAACAUACCUGCCACCAAAGACUCAACCAUCAUGCGGUCUACUGUGAGCUGCGCCGACUGUCCUGGUAACGACUGCUACCAGUGCACCUACGGCUCUGGGGACAGGCUGCGGGCAAACACCGGCGGUCACGCCUGGAUCCGCAGUAUUGUCGGGUUCAAAAUUCCUGGCGAGGUGGAUCCUUCCACUAUUACCCGGUGCACUGUGCAGUUUCCAGCCUUCACCAAGCUCCCAGAGUAUGGAUUCAACCUGACAGUUUCUCCUGCUGUCUCCUCCGACUGGGAUGAGACCACUGUAAAUGGCAAUAAUGCACCUCCUUCGACGGAUGCUAUCAACGUUAUCCCUGUGCCGGCAUUGACAAACCCGCCUCUGCUGGAUAUUACGGACGCCUGUAAGUCCGGUGGUGAUGAUGGACAAUUCUCGAUCUAUAUUGGAGCAGAAUUCGGCUCCUUUGAUAUUUGGUCGAAAGACUCUGGGAACCCGGCCAUUUUGCACAUCUUCCAUGACUAGGUUGAUUCAAGUUUGGUCAUUGUUGUUUGUAUUUACCCUGGGGUCAGUUAUGGUUCCUGGCAGGGCAUGUUUAAAGUAUUAAAGGUGAUCAGUUGAUGCCAACUGUCGGCAGUGCACUCGCUAUCCGUGUGGUUCGUACAUGGUCCUGUAAACAGCCGUCCGACCCUACCAGACUUCAUCAUUGGUUGUAAUUUCAUUCCAGCUGAUUUCUGUUGCCGCCCCGUAGCCGUAGCACAACGUACUGGGUGUUCGAACUACGGGCGUCUAGUUUGGCAUUAGGAUAGCCGCAGCUUUUGACC